ACGUUCUAUCGGACAGGCAGCUUAAAUUGUGAAAUGCCACGCUGUCUUUUAUUUUUAUUUUGUUUUUACACUCAAAAGCAUCCGGUCAGAACAUUGUAAAACAACUUUUUAUUGUGACAGAAAAUAAAUAUUCUUGACCAGUAAUAAACUGCAGACAGCGUAACAGCGCAUGUGCGUGAAUUCUGGUAAGUGGAGUUACUUUCACUUUCAUCUUUUGGGAGACGAGGGAGGCCCGCGUGAUCAGAUUGCAUCGCCUCUCGCGAUGGCUGCAGCUAAACCUUUUCAGUCGGCUGAUAAAUACUCGUGCCCAGUAUGCCUGGAUGUCCUGAAGGAACCGGUCAGUCUUACGUGUGGACACAACUAUUGUCUGGACUGCAUCAACGACUACUGGGACAAGGUGGACAAAGAGGGGUUUUACAACUGUCCUCAGUGCAUGCAAACAUUUAACGUGAGGCCAGAGAUGAACAGAAAUGUAAUGUUAAAAGAUAUAAUCCAGAAACUACAAGACAUGGAAGUCGCGGCUUCUCCAUCCCUGCAGUACGCCGGACCUGACGAUGUGUCUUGUGAUGUGUGUUCAGGGAAACAACUGAGAGCAGUAAAGACCUGCCUGACGUGCAUGGCCUCCUACUGUGAGACACACCUGCGGCCUCACCGGGAAUCUGAAGCCUUUAAAAGACACAAACUGGAGGAGCUGAUUGGAAACCUCGAAGAGAAACUCUGCACUAAACAUCAGAAAGUUCUGGAAAUCUUCUGUAGGACGGAUGAGACCUGCGUCUGUUUACUGUGUGCGGCGACUGAACAUAAGAGCCAUGACACGGUGACACCUGAAGAAGAGAGAACUGAGAGACAAGGUCAUUUAGAGAUCAGCAUAUCAAAACUAAAGAAGAGAAUUCAAGAGAAAGAGAAGGAACUGGAGGAAAUUAAGGAGGCCAUAGUGAGGAUUCAGUGCUCCGCAGUGAAAGAAAUACAGGAACAUGAGGAGACCUUUAGAUUUCUACUACAGUCCAUAGAAAGGCUUGGGUCAGAGGUCACUGGAGUAAUUAAAUAUCACGAUAAGAGGGAAGUGACAAAGGCUAAAGAGUUUAUUCUGCAACUUGAAAAGGAGAUAGAAGAGCUGAAGAGGAGAGAUGCUGAGCUGGCCCAACUUUCACAGAUUGAUGACCACAUCCACUUCCUAAAGAAAUUUUCAUUUUCCUCUCUCACCCUGGGAGAUGGUGAUUCACCCAGCAUCACUUUUACUGGAGAUUUUCUUCCUAAGACCCUGAAAAAGGACCUGAGUGAUCUGAAGGAGAGUUUGGAGAAACUCAGUAGCUUGGAACUUCUGAAAGCCAGCGAGACCAUGGUCAGCUCUCCAGACCGUGCCAUGAAGUAUCUGAGAAUUGGAGAUCAAGCUUUAAAAUUUAUCAGUGAGUGCCCCCUGCUGUCUGACAUUGAAAUGGUCGAGGGUUCAAAGGUGGGUAAGCCAUGCACUCUCAGCUGCACCAUUUCCAGGUUCUUCCCCAGUGAUCUCACAGUGACCUGGCUGAGGGUCAGAGCAGAGGGUGGACAUCAACCUGUUAAUGCAGGGUCAGCUCACUGGACAGCAACAGUGACCACAACUAGGCCGGAGAAGAGAAAUAAUGGCUAUGAGGUGACCUCUGUGGUCCAGUUCACUCCUAACAGUUUCAGAGAAGUAGAGGAGAUGACAUACAUCUGCAGGGUGGAACAUGUGGCCCUUAUGGGAAAGGCCAUUGAGAAGAAGUCUGUCAGACUGGAGUUGGCUGCUGAUGACAGACCUCCCCAGCUCUCUAAUGUGCAGAUUUACUUCACUGAAUUUAAUCAGCCCUGCACCCUGACCUGCGUCAUUUCAGACUUCUACCCCAAAGAGAUCAAUGUCACCUGGAUGAGAAGACACAAGGGAACACAGAGGACUGACAGGGCAGAGUCAAAGAACUGGAGGGCCACGGUGUGUCACUAUGGGCCAACCUUAAGAGAUAAUGAAUACUCGCUGGUGUCUCAAGCAGAGUUCACCCCACGAUCCCUAAAUGACCUGGAGGACAUGGAGUUCAUCUGCAGAGUGGAGCACAAGACCCUGAAGAAGGUGCCCAUUGAGAAGAGCUCCUCAGUGAUUCCUGGUCUGCAGAAGCGGCCCAUUGUGUCAGGUAUAAUGAUGACUAAUUACAGUCCAUAUGAUGCAUUUUUUGGAUCAAACCAGCAAUGCACCCUGAGUUGCUCCAUCCAGGAUUUCUUCCCUAAAGACAUCAAAGUUACGUGGCAUUCAGAAACAACAGGUUCAGGUUUUAGUUUUGGUUACAAUGGUAGCAAAACCAGUAAUAACAUCAUUGCUUUACCUUGUGCCCCUGAGAGAGGAGAACAGAGCUACCAUCUGGUGUCUAAAGCCACCAUCUCCCCCCAGAACAGGAAUUCCACAGAAAAUGUCAUCUGUAGGGUGGAGCAUGAGAGUCUGAACGGGAUGUCUAUAGAGUUGCGGAUUGGGAAGCCGAGCAGGUGAAUGCGUCUGUCUGCGUGUUGUAUGGUGCAGGAACUGCCAAUUCAUGUUACAAAUAGUCGUUUCCCAUUAAAGACAAAUUCUUGAAA